GGCAUGGGUGCGGGGUUGUUGUUAAGAAUGUGUGCCGCGGUUCGAACAACAAUCAUCAUCAACACCGUCGCUGUACGCUCGUCGUUGUGGCCAGAACGGGGUGGAUUUUUGAAGUGGCUAGAAUCUUCACAGUAAAUUCGCGGCAGCCGCCAGCACACGAGCGGCCAAGUGGCCAAUUUUUGGCGAACCGGUAGAGCGAGUGGACGUUUCAGAAGGAAGACAUCUGUUUGUGAGUUUAUCUCCGGAAAGGUGAAAACCCCCGGGAAAUUUUUUUCCGGCAGUUGGGUUGGACUUUGAACUUUACAGGUUGUGAGUGUUCGUGUCCCGUCUUUCCUGAUUGCAGAAUGUGUCAUUAGCGAGUCCUCAACUCUUGCGUGCAUGAGAACCGUGCACGAUGGAUCUAUUGGGCGAUGGCGAAAGUGAUCCGAAGCACUAUUAUCAAGAAUAUGCUCGCCACUACGAGUAUAACAUCACCAACAAUGGAUCAACUGAUGCCAUCCCGCUCUACACCGGAUAUCCACGGGCGCUACUCAACAUCGCAACGGUGACGUGCAUAGCGUACAUGGUCGUUGGCGUUCCAGGCAACCUGCUGACAAUAGUGGCCUUGAUCAAGAGUAAGAAGACGCGCAACGCAACGGCUGUUUUCAUCAUGAAUUUAUCGUUCUCUGAUUUGUUGUUCUGCUGCUUCAAUUUGCCGCUGGCCGCGAGCACCUUCUGGCACCAGGCCUGGCUGUAUGGGGAUGUGUUCUGCCGGUUGCUGCCGAUGAUGCGGUACGGUUUGCUUGCCGUUUCGCUGUUUACCAUACUGGCCAUCACAAUCAAUCGCUAUAUUAUGAUCGGCCAUCAGCGGUUGUAUCAAAGAAUUUAUCGUACGAAGAACCUGUGUCUUAUGGUGGCGUUUACCUGGAUCUUGGGGUUCGGCUCACUGCUACCGACGUGGCACGAGAAAUGGGGAAAGUUUGGUCUGGACAUUGGCAUUCACUCGUGCUCCAUACUGCCCGAUAGUCAGCGGCAUUCCCCAAAACAGUUCCUGUUUUUGAUAGCAUUUGCACUGCCCUGUCUGGCGAUCAUUAUUUGCUACGCUCGCAUAUUCUACAUAGUACGAUCGACCGCUCUGCGGACCAAAGAUCUGGCAAGCGAAAAUCUGGACGACAACAGCAUGGAGGACGUUUCCAGCGGAGUCAGUAAUCAACAGCAUCCGGGCCAGCAUGCGGGCUCGUCUGCUACGAUUACUCCUGAGAAAGAACACUCGCGUAGCCAAAAGGACGAUUGCCCGCCACCACUAUCGUACAUCAACUUCAGUCAACACACCGAUUGGCACUACAUCGAUUCGAGCACGGAGAAUGAAAUAUUCUGCGGUACAUCAUCGACAGAUGAUAUAUCGGGCCGGGCAGCUUCGAUACCGCCACAAACUGAUGAAGGAUAUCUGGAGAAUAGCAACGUUAAACCUCGAAAUCAACGGUACGCCACAGCAUCGGGACCAGGUGUGCGGCGCAAUGCGAGCAAUGUGAAUGCGCGAAAGCGCAAGAAGCAUCUCAACACAUCCGGUGCCUCGAUCAUGAGCGCGGGCAAGAUGUCCGCCAAGGAUCGGAAGCUGUUGCAGAUGAUACUGGUGAUUUUUCUGGCAUUUCUCGUUUGCUACCUACCGAUUACGGUGGUGAAGCUGUUCCGUCCUAGCAUGCAGGUACUGAACGUGGUGUCAUAUUUGCUGAUCUAUCUGACCACCUGCAUCAAUCCGAUCAUCUACGUGGUAAUGUCGCGUGAGUAUCGCCAGGCGUACUCGGAUCUGGUGCUCUGUCGCACGUACGAGAUGGCAAAAAACAAAUGCAAACAGCACAAAGCGGCCAAUGUGCUGCGGUUUGCGUCGAAAUGUUAACAACGGGUAACAGGAAGGUUUACGCAUGCUAGUCUUCGCGUCUGUGUUCUAGGCGUAAUAUAUCGUAUCGUGCAGUUGUAUCGUUGACCGAGCGAAUGACAUCAGGAUCACGCAUUUAAAAAAAAACGACUUUGCGAAUAGCUUAAGCUACUCAAAAUUGUGGAGUACACUUGAAACAAAACCAGUGUGUGUGUAUGUGUGCGUGUUUACGUUAGUUUUUAUUGUUACGAUGAGCUUGACCAUAAGCAAAAUGUAGUACCUUUGGUGUAUUGUUGGUGAAACCGUUAACAGAAGUGCACUUCUAGUAGAACUAAGCAAUCCAUGUGAGAAUGGAUAGGUAUUGUAUGUGGAUCUUAUC